AUGACAAAUGAUAAUGCAGCUGACAUGUUAUUUAAAGAAAUUGACACAAAUCAGGAUGGAAGGGGGUUUCGUAAUUGGAUUUCAAAUACUGAAGAAUGUACUACGUCAAAUGAAUCAAUUACUGGUGCACUGAAUCAUAAUGAUGAUUGUACCAAUCAAUUUGGUCGAUAUCGAUUUGAACAUGUUUCUCAAGAUGAUUUGGGAUGUAAUGCUAAUAGAUAUAGUUCAUGUGGAACUAGAAGAUGGAUCGAUGAUACAGGGAUUGAUACAUAUAGUCCAAAAGAAACAAAUUAUUAUUUGGAAAAAUUAGGUUCGAAUUUAUAUAUUGAUUCUAAUCCAAAAAUUAUUCGACAAAAAAUAAACUCAAGUCCGGUAACACUUGAACAACGAAUUUUUGUUCAAUAUCUUCAACCACCAGCUGUACCACCACCAGGACCACUCAUUAUUAAAGAAGUACGCCCACGACAACCAUCACCACCUCCACCACUUGUCAUACGCGAACAUGCGCCCCCUCUUCCUUCACUACCUCCACUUAUCUUACGUGAACGACCACCAACACCACCAAAACAUAUUCCCAGUGAAAAAAUUAUUCGUACCUUACCUGCUUUACCUAUUCCACCACGAUCAGUUAUCAUCAAACGUUUUCCGCCUCCUCCAGAAAAACCACGUGAUAUUAUAAUUGAACGAUGGAUUCCCUACGGACCUCAACCUGAACGGUGUACCAUUGUUGAGCAUGCUCCUCCUGCUAAACAAUACCCACAACCAUCUAAUACUACUAUUAUUUAUUCUGCUACUGAAACACGUAUAAUUCGAAAAUAUCAAGAGCUUGGUGUUACUCCAGAAAAUCCUGCAUGUUAUAGAGCUCGUUAUGGAUCAUCACUUUUAGAUCCAGUCACACUUGUUCACGAAGCUCGUAAGGCUGGUGUUAUGGAAGAUAUAACGCCCCCAGCACCAUCAUCUUUAUUACGUACAACUGCAUAUGAAUUUCCUGUUUAUUGUGAUCGAUCAAAUGAUGUAAUCCAUACAGAUUAUUCAUCGACGGUUCGAACUACUAUUGAAGAACAUCAAUAA